AUGUCAGCCAUCGAGGAGCUGAACACGUUGCUGCUGUCGCUGUCUGCGCUGAAGCCCCCAGGAGCCAACAAGUCGAAGAUCACCGCCAUCACCACCCUCUGCAUUGCGAACGCAAACCAAUGUCCCCAAAUCCUCCAGACGAUCCGCGACCGGUUCAACACCUCUCCCAACACCCAUAAGCUUGGCGUACUCUAUGUACUUGAUGCCGUCGUGCGGCAGUGGGCGGACAAGGCCCGGCUGAACAAAGAAGAUGCAGCAUCUGCAGGUUCUGACGUAUCAAAGGCGCCGAACUCCAUUGGAGUUGUCAUUGCGACCCAGUUGCUCCCUCCGAUGAUGUACGACCUCAUUCAGAAUGCGCCAGAGGACCAGAAGGAGAGAAUUGGCAAGAUGGUUGAGAUUUGGGAGCGCGGCAACACGUUUCCCCCGAAGAUGCUUGCCGACUUCAAGCAGCGCUUAGGAGCCCGUAAGAUUCUCCCCAACGCCCAGGGACCGCACCGUGAGCCGAAACAGGGGUCUGAUGUCUUCGUAUCUGCAGCUGCGCCUCCAGCGACCGGAACUCCAACGGGUGCUACCUCUAACCCCACGGCUCAGCCGCAAGCAGCACCAGUAGCUUCAGCAGCGCCUUCUGGCACAGUCUCACUGCUUGCGAGUCUGGCGAACGUAGGAAAGCAACAGACUGCUACUCCGACGCAGAAUGCCCAGUAUCAAAACGGCACGCAAUAUGCCACCGCUCCUCAACCGCAACAACAGAACGUAGGCCCUGCUUUGACUGCUCCGCCCAUGCCUUCAUAUGCACCCCAGCCCAAUGGCCAGGGUACUGUCGCACCUGCGUCGGCUGCUGCACCGGCUCCUGCUGUGCCGGUCAACCCUCUGAUGCCUCAGGCCUUUCAAAGUAUGCCCGGCGGCAACGAGGCUCUGAUGCAGUUCAUAGGCUCCUUGGUGCAACAAGGUUGGAGCCCGGAACAGAUAGCUCAGGUCAUCGCCGCCAUGAGCGGUAAUGCUCAGGGCUUGCCCGGUGUGCCGGGUGUGCCGACCGCCACCCAAGCUCCUCAAGCCGCUCAGGCCCAGAACGGAUUUGCACAAAUGGCGCCCAAUGGCCAGGCCCAGGCUGCGCAAGACUAUAGGAGUAGAGAUGAUCCUCGCGACUUGGAUCGCAACCGUGAUCGCAGCCGCUCCCCUGGUUCGAAGAAUCGGCGCACUUCUCCGGUGAACCGUCGUGAGAGCCCAACGUAUGGUGCUUACGACCCCUACAUCCCUCCUGGUGCUCCCGAUGGACCUGGCGGUGGACCUGGUAGCUCAAAUGGCCAGCCAUCCAGCGAGCACGGCGGGAACCGUCGAGGUGGUAGAAAGAAUAGGAGAAACCGUGAUAAGCAUCGUAACUCACCUGCUGUUCAGCAACAACAGCAGCAGUCGCAACAACCUCAGCAGCAGAGGGGCACGAGCGCAAAUCCUAGGCCUAAGUACAUCCAGCAUGACCCUACUCUGCCUAGGGGCAACAUCAAGGUGCUUAGUCGCACCUUGUUUGUGGGAGGCGUCUCUGCCACAGAGCAAGAACUUCGGCAGAUAUUCAGCCGCUUUGGAGAGGUCCAGACGUGCAUUGUCAAUCCGGAAAAGCACCAUGCCUUUGUCAAGAUGGCUAACCGGACUGACUCCGUCCAAGCAAAGCUUGGCAUGGAGAAAGAGAAGAACCCGCAAGUUCUCAACAAGGCUCGUCAGACUCGCUGGGGCGUAGGCUUUGGCCCCCGCGAAUGCAGUGACUAUAGCACCGGCAUUAGCGUUAUCCCCAUUGAACGUCUGACGGAGGCCGAUCGUAAGUGGGUCGUCACGUCCGAGUACGGCGGGACAGGUGGACGGAUCCUUGAGACGGGUCUUGUGAUCGAAGAGCCCGACAUUGAGAUUGGGACUGGAGUCUCAUCGAAGGGUAUGUUGCGUCCCUCACGUCUUGAAAUCAUGGGGAAACCAGUUAAUGACGCAAAAGACAAAGCCAUGAGUCGCCGGGUCGGCCCCGAGCCCACAGGCAAGCACGGUCACUUCCAUGGUCGGCGCAACAACCACGGCGGGGGUCACCAUGGCGGCGGAUUUGACCCUAACGCUUCGCGCUUCCGCAAGCCCGAUCCGCGCCCCGGUGGACCCCAGGGAGGGGAACCUCGGCCAGAGCCUCACACGAUUGGCGUGCCCCCGGCCGUCCCCGGCUUCGGCUUCCAGCUGCCCGGUAUGUGA